AGCGGCGGCGGGCGGUGAGUGCAGGUCGGCUCAGGGGCCCUGCAUGUGUUGUCCUUGGUGUUCGGCACGGAGCCGCGCUCUCCGGCCGGGACCGCGCCCAGGGCGCUGGUGCCGGGCUGGAACGCCAGGGCUCCGCACGCGGGGAGUGGCUCCGAACGCGUGUGCGGUCCGGGGAAGGGACACAGCCCUGGGGCGCCAGCAUUGCUGGUGGCGCUUGCCAGAGAAGAUCAAGAUGAGUCUACGGAAGCAAACCCCCAGUGACUUCCUAAAACAAAUCAUUGGAAGGCCAGUUGUUGUAAAAUUAAAUUCUGGAGUUGAUUAUCGAGGUGUCCUGGCUUGCCUGGAUGGAUAUAUGAACAUAGCUCUGGAGCAAACUGAGGAAUAUGUAAAUGGACAGUUAAAGAACAAGUAUGGGGAUGCAUUUAUCCGAGGAAAUAAUGUGUUGUACAUAAGCACCCAGAAGAGGAGGAUGUGAAGAUGCCAGAAGGAGGCUGUUUUUUUUGUACUUGGGAACCUCUUUGAAGUGAUGAGCCCUAUUUGAUUAGUAGUUCAAAAUGCACAGGUGAAAUACACAAGUGUUUAAGUAUUUUUUUAAAUAAAUGUAAACUUGAGUGUAAACUGCCUGAAUGUUUUUGUUCCAAAGCAUUGCUUUGUUCCAUUGUACAGAAAAAAAAAUAAAAGAGAAGCAUCCAAUAGUGCUGCAAGACUAA